AUGGAACUGGGUAGCCUCAAGUACGUGUCCGCGUCCGACGGGAUGAUGGAGGAAGACGAGGCCGCCGCCUCUCAGCUCCACCACGCCUUCACCAAGUCCUUCCAUGUCGUGAACGGGGGCGCCGGCGGCAACGGCGGCGCGGGGAACGGCGCGGCGCCGCCGGGGAUCGCUCCGGCGACCAGCGUCCACGAGCUGCUGGAGUGCCCCGUCUGCACCAACUCCAUGUACCCGCCGAUCCACCAGGUUCCUCCCCUGUCCCCUCCAUCCCCCGAUCUCCGGUGCGCUGCGCUUCUCCGUCUCCCUCACGAUCGUCCCAUUCCCAUGGCCCGAUUUGUAGAUUAACUGGGUAGAUCCCGGAAUGGGAUUCCUAUCUUUCCCCUUUCUCCCUGCACGAGAUCUGCUCUUAUUGGGAAGGCCAAUCUGUUCUUUCUCCGAUAAGAAAACCCUCGAAUAUCGUUUCCCAUUAACAUCUCCAAGAUUUUCUUACAAAUCCGGCGGAGGAUCCAUGGCCUAUUCCUCAUCUCCCAAGCCGGCCAUGAUCUACACUCUGAGCUCAUUCUUCAAGUCAUCCGAUGUCUGCUAAAUUCCCUUCUCCUUCGUCUACCCCUGGGUUGUCUGAGGAGAUUUCUCCGAGCAGGAUCACGCAGAUCUACACCAUUUUUUUUCCUCAUUUCUAACGGACAUGGAGCUGUCUCUUGCCCCGCCCCCAAAGACAUGGGUCUUCCUUGGCGAGGCACCUGUUAGCGAUCCCCACGAGAUCAUGGCCAUUUUCAGUAAAUCUGGUUUUGACGAAGACCUUUCCUGAGAAGAAUUCGUUGGCGUGUCGGAUUUAUUUAAUUAGCGAGCAAAUCAUAAAGCAUGGAUUAAAGUACCUGGCGAUUUUUUUAAUGGCACGCAUCCGGGAUUCUCUCGAAUGGUGGUUAUUGGAUGGGCAUGCCUGUCUUCAACAGAGAACAGCCCUGCUCCUCCCGGGCCAACCGCUCAAUCAUCAACGAGGCGGACUCAGGAACCCACUAAACCCAAGAUCAUUGGGAAAAAUAAAAUAAAAAUUCCAUACGAUGGAACCCUAGACUCACCGUCAUCUGAAAGCCAGCAUCUAAAAGGGUUCUCGCGGACACAAUCUCGAUUCAUGUUUGUUCAUCAGUAUGCGUUGACCCUUUCGAUUGCACGAGUGGGCAUAGCUCUUAUUCUUCUUCUUCGUCUUCUUCUUCUUCUUCUGCUGUUGCUGCUUGGAUAAUCUUGAGAUUGCCAGAUUGUUAAGCUGUGAUGAAUAAAUUUCUGUUUUGACUCCAAAUCGUCAUAUUGUUCUGCGGUGAUCAGUGCCACAACGGGCACACGCUGUGUUCUACCUGCAAGGCGAGGGUGCACAACCGGUGCCCGACGUGCAGGCAGGAGCUCGGGGAUAUCAGGUGCUUGGCGCUGGAGAAGGUGGCGGAGUCGCUGGAGCUGCCCUGCAAGUACCACCCUCUGGGCUGCUCGGAGAUCUUCCCAUACUACAGCAAGCUCAAGCACGAGGCGCAGUGCAACUUCCGGCCCUACAGCUGCCCGUACGCGGGGUCGGAGUGCGCCGUGGUGGGGGACAUCCCCUCCCUCGUCGCCCAUCUCGGGGAAGACCACAAGGUGGACAUGCACACCGGCUGCACCUUCAACCACCGCUACGUGAAGUCAAACCCCCGGGAGGUCGAGAACGCCACGUGGAUGCUCACGGUGAGUAGCGCCCUUCUUCCUGUCCAAAUAGUAUUCCAUUCCAUUCCAUUCCAUCGGGAAGAAGACGGGGUUCGUCCAAAUGGGCAGUUCGCCCAAGGAGUGGCCGAUCUGAACUGAAUAAGUAUGAAUAUUGUGGAUGAUUGGGAAGCCUAGAUCCUGAAAUGGAAAGGUGCCCAGUCCGGGAGGAAGCAGACCCAUAGAUUUAAUCGAAGCGGGUUACCGACCCAUAUCAAAAAAUGGGCGACUUGGGAGGAUUUUCCCCGAGUUACGGCCGUCAUCUUUACCUCCUUGUGCAACCCGUCCUCUCCUCCGGUGGUGUUUCAGGUGUUCCACUGCUUCGGGCACUACUUCUGCCUGCACUUCGAGGCCUUCCAGCUGGGGAUGGCGCCCGUUUACAUGGCGUUUCUCCGCUUCAUGGGCGAUGAGAACGAGGCGAGGAACUACAGCUACAGCCUCGAGGUGGGGGGCUACGACCGAAAGCUCACCUGGGAGGGGACCCCCCGCAGCAUCCGUGACAGCCACCGGAAGGUCCGCGACAGCCACGACGGCCUCAUCAUCCAGCGCAACAUGGCGCUCUUCUUCUCCGGCGGCGACCGCAAGGAGCUCAAGCUGCGGGUCACCGGCAGGAUAUGGAAGGAGCAGCGGCCGGGCCCCGACCCCGGCGCCGCUGCGAGGGCCCAGCCCUCGUAG